AUGAUCAAGCGUUGUGAGGAGGACCAACUUCGCCGGGUGGCUUUUGUCGCGAUCGUCGUCAGUGCUAUGGCUGGUGCAAUGUGUGUGAUUCUCAUUCCCGGUCUUUACACAUACCUUCAAUAUAUCCAAAGUUCGGUUCAAAGUGACGUUGAUUUCUGUAUGGACGGAGCCAAAAAUCUUGAGAAACUCUACGAAAAAUCCUCUGAGCGACGACUCGAGAAGAGAAGCGGCGGAUACGGUGCAUACCGAGAUCGCUCUAUUGGAAGCCCGGCAAGCGUUCCGAAUACCUAUGAUCUUGAUCCUGAGCCGACAUCAUCUGAGUGCUGCAGCUGCGGUGUUGGACUUACUGGUCCUCCAGGACCUCCAGGACUUCCAGGAAGAGACGGAAGAGACGGAAAUCCAGGAAGACCAGGGGCGAGCGGAAGCGACUCAUCCUCUUCGGGAUACGAUAAUUUGGAAGAUGAAUUUGUAUUCAACUGCCCACCUGGACCACCAGGGCCAUCUGGUAAUCCCGGAAUUCCUGGAGUUCCAGGACGUCCAGGACUCGACGGAACGCCGGGAAGAAAUGGACGCUGCGGACCACCCGGACGUCAAGGUCCCCGCGGAAGCGACGGAGAAGACGGACAACCCGGACAGCCAGGAAACGACGGUGCGCCGGGACAAAUUCACGAGAUCCCCGGACCAGCUGGACCUCCAGGGCCACCUGGACCACAAGGACCCCCAGGAAACCCGGGAGCUCCAGGACGUGACGGUCUUCCUGGAAGAAAAGGAUCGCCUGGAGCACCAGGAGAUUGUGGAGAGAGCGGACUCCCUGGAUCACCGGGAGCCGAUGGAGAGGUCGGCAGACCAGGUGAUGUUGGAAGAUCAGGUGGAUGCUCGCACUGUCCAACGCCGCGCACUGCGCCAGGCUAUUAA